AUGGCAACAUGCGCAGAAGAGGUCAGUAAAACGAAGCUGGUAGUCGCCGCCAUUGACUUUGGAACAACAUAUUCCGGAUAUGCUUUCGCCUUCCAGAAAGAUUAUUCUUCCGAUCACCAUAGUCUUCGGAUCUAUGGUAUCAUGUCUAAAAAUGGAUGUUCCCAAAAAGCUCCAACAUGUGUACUCUUCAAUCCACAAGGGAAGUUCGACUCUUUUGGAUACGACGCUGAGAACAGAUACGCGGAGUUGACGCUUACAAACGAGCACCAAGACUGGUAUUACUUUCGCCGAUUCAAGAUGAUGCUUUAUAACAACCCUAAUAUUACCUGGCAUUCCAUUCUUAAAGACGACAAAGGAAAAUCUAUGAACGCGAUAAAGGUGUUCUCGGCAAUUAUUAGCUAUCUACGGCAAGAAACACUGAGAAACAUCAACGAACGUGUCGCAAAUGUUGGAAUAAAAGAGAAUGAAAUUAACUGGGUACUGACUGUCCCCGCCAUCUGGUCUGACCAGGCCAAACAGUUCAUGAGAGAGGCAGCGAAGAAGGCUGGAAUACAUUCUGAUCAGCUUGAUAUUGCCUUGGAGCCAGAGGCUGCAUCUAUAUACUGUAAGCACAUAUCUGUGAGCAGGAGAGAGCGGCAGGAGACGCAUGGCGCAGAAGGUGUUGGCUUAGAGGCGAUGUGUCCUGGUACCAAAUACUUGGUACUGGACGCAGGCGGUGGCACAAUUGACAUCACCGUUCAGAGGGUUCAAGAGAAUGGUACUCUCCAUCAGGUGUAUAUGGCAAACGGAGGAGAUUGGGGAGGGACCAAAGUGGACGAGGCGUAUGAGGCAUUUUUAGAAGAGCUUGUAGGUCAGAACAUUUGGGAGGCAUUCAAAGCUAAAUACAUGGAUUCCUAUAUUGAUAUUUUCCGUGAAUUCGAAACAAAGAAGCGCACUAUAUCUCCAGAUAUUGAAAAUAGGAUAACCUUUACUGUUCCACCUGUUCUCCGUGACGUUUAUGAAGAAAUGAAAAAUAGCCCACUCAGUACCACACAGGGUCAUCACAGAAACCGAAAACUUAUCUGGAAAGGUGACAGGUUGCGUGUCGAUGUCACAGAAGCAAAGAAACUUUUCGAAACAACGUGUGCAUUGAUUGUAGCGCAUGUCGAACGAAUUCUUGAUAAGGAGGAAACGGCUGGAACAUCCGAUAUUCUGAUGGUUGGAGGGUUUUCUGAGUCUCCAAUGCUAAGCAAUGCUAUCAAAGAGAGAUUCGGUCACACGAAAAGGGUGAUAAUUCCAGAAGAGGCGGGGCUUUCAGUCUUAAAGGGAGCAGUUCUGUUCGGGUUUGAUACUCGGGUUGUAUCUCUUCGUGUAAUGAAACACACGUAUGGUAUACAAUCAUCUUCUCUGUUCAGGAAAAAUCUGGACCCUGACAUUACUAAAACUAUGGUUAAAGGUAAACUGUACUGCGAAGACCGGUUCUCCAAGCAUGUAAAGAAAGGUCAGUCCGUACGUAUUGAUGAAGAAACACAGACAAUAGACUAUCAUCCUUUGGACGACAGGGAGGAAAUGGCUGUUAAAGUGUAUAUAACAGACAAGUAUGACCCAGAGUAUUGUGAUACAGAACUGUGUUCAUAUAUAGGACAAUUGCUAGUUUGUCUUCCAAUGGACGUGCCUACAUCUGACCGUGGCGUGAAAGUCAACAUGAAGUUCGGGGGAACGGAGCUGUCUGUACGUGCCACAGUCAUGGCUACGAAUCAGACAACACAUGCCGAGUUUCGUCUCCUAGAAUAG